GAGAAGAGAAUCAUCCUACCGAAAGAGCGAGGGUUGGUGAUGUUUUCGGGAUUAUUUACACCGAGAUGUAGUUUAUAUCCAAGAGCGAUCGAGGUUGGUUUUGAGAUUGCUCUCAAGUCAACUGGCAAGAAAGCCCAGGGCCCUGACUGUGCGUGACCACAAGCCGCCGAGUCAUCUCCUAGAUCCCGACUCUCCACACUGAGGCUUGGUUGAGUUGCAUCAACAGUCUUUACACCCUCCCACACCACCAAUCCCGCAACAUGUCACUCACCGUGGACAAAGUGCGGUUCGAGCACCACCGGGAAGCCUUGGGAAUUGAUGAGCGCAGCCCUCGAUUGUCAUGGGUGUCUGGCGGGGACGUCCAAAACUGGCAGCAGGCUUCCUACGACAUUGAGAUCCAGCGAGAUAGCUUGAAAGGCAUCCAGUCAUUCCAUGCCGACUCAUCAGACUCUGUGCUUGCCCCUUGGCCAGCAGAUCCUCUUCAGGAACGCGAGUCAGCGAAGCUUCGGGUUAGGGUGACUGGCGCAGACGGCUCCGUUUCAGAAUGGUCACCUUGGACAGCAGUUGAAGCCGGAAUUGACCAGUCCACUUGGUCCUGCGACGUCAUCGAAUCUGGUUUGGAUGGCGAGAAGGGAAAACCCCAUCGUCCUAUCCGCUUCCGUCGCGACUUCGAGGUAGCAGACGCCAACAGCCUGGCCAAGGCCCGACUAUACAUCACAGCGCAUGGACUCUACGAAUGCCAUAUCAACGGCCAACGAGUUGGCGACCAUGUGCUGACACCAGGUUGGACCAACUACAAAUUUCAAUUGCCCUUUCAGACUUUCGACGUGACGAGCCUCCUCCGCUCGGGCAAAAACACCAUCGCUGCAUACGUAGGCGAGGGGUGGUAUUGUGGACGACUGGGAUUUGCGGGAGGAAACGACAAUAUUUGGGGCAAAACACUGGGAUUGCAGGCGUCUCUAUUCCUGACACCCUCAGAUGAAGAACCUGUUGUGAUCAAUACCGACAAGUCCUGGAAAGAGGAAUUUGGCCCACUUCUUUCGUCAGGAAUCUACGAUGGAGAGGAAUUCGAUGCCCGGAUAGAUGAGCCAGGCUGGUUGCUACCGGAAUUCGAUGACUCCAACUGGCGCCAGGUCAAGACUGCGACGCUCGACUGCAGAGAACGCCUGGUCGCGCCGAGUGGCCCGCCUAUCCGACGAACACAAUUCCAGCAGCCAUUAGAAACACGGGAGACCAAGUCCAAGUCUAUCAUUGUUGACUUUGGACAAAAUCUCGUUGGUUGGGUCAAGAUCCGGCUCGCUGCUGGCACUUCGGGGCAGAAGGUGGUUAUUCAGCAUGGCGAAGUCUUGCAGAAGGAUAAAGAACAUGUUGACACCCGCCCUCUGAGGACCGCCAAGGCCCAGGACUCUAUAAUCCUCUGCGGAAGCGACCCAAUCGAGUGGGAACCCAAAUUUACCUUCCACGGCUUUCGAUACGCCGAGAUUACUGGGUUGGCGAUGGCUGACCUGUUAUCCAUCACGGCAGUUGUUGUUCACUCAGACAUGGAAAGAACAGGUUGGUUCGACUGCUCCCACCCAUUAAUCUCAAAGCUACACAAGAACAUUGUGUGGAGUAUGCGUGGCAAUUUCGUCGGUGUCCCGACAGAUUGCCCACAGCGAGACGAGAGACUCGGGUGGACUGGAGAUAUUGCUGUCUUCUGCAAAACAGGAAGCUUCCUGUACGAUACUGUUGGGGUUUUGAAGAAUUGGCUGAGUGAUGUGGACUCAGAGCAGAAGCAAAACAAAAAUGGCAUUCCCAAUUUGUUCACUCCUGAUGUCUUCCCUGACUUCCCCUUCAGACCAGCCACUGCCGUCUGGGGUGAUGCGGUGGUACUGGUUCCUUGGGACUUGUACCAAGCAUCUGGUGACAAGAAAGUCCUCGAGGCCCAAAUUGAAGGAAUGCGGGCUUGGAUUGAACAAGGAAUCCCCAGGAACGAAAGGAAGCUCUGGGAUACGACGAGCGUGCAGCAGCUUGGCGACUGGCUCGAUCCAUCGGCGCCACCCUCAGAGCCUGGCUUGGGCCGAGCCGACUCGGUUUUCGUGGCCAACGCCUUCCUCGUGCACAUCACCAGAUUAAUGGCCAAGAUUUCCUCGGUGAUUGGAGACGAAGAAGGCGCAAAGAAGUACUCGAAUGACUUCAAUGAGCUUCUUGAGGCAUUCACCGACGAGUAUAUUACCCGGCGAGGUCGAGUAGUCAAUGACUCGCAGACAGCAAUCGCCCUUGCCAUCCACUUCGACUUUCUCAAAACAGACGAGCAGGUCGAAGUCGCAGCUGCUCGACUGGAGGAGAUCAUCCGAUCCGAGUCUCGUUUCAAGAUCGCUUCCGGAUUUGUCGGAAGCGCCAUCUUGGGGCCCGCCUUGUCGAAGGCUGGCAGGACGCAUAUCUUCAACCGCAUGCUUGAACAUCGAAAAAAUCCCUCCUGGCUGUACCCUGUGCAGAUGGGGGCGACGACGAUCUGGGAGAGGUGGGACAGUAUGCUGCCCGACGGCUCCGUCAACCCGGGUGAGAUGACGUCCUUCAACCACUACGCCUUGGGGGCUGUGGCGGAUUGGAUGCACAGCGUGAUGGCAGGAAUCACAUCCCUCGAACCCGGUUGGAAGAAGAUACAGAUCGCACCCAUACCUGGUGGAUCAGUGACAUCCGUGAAUGCGAAGCACCUGUCGCCGUAUGGCUUGAUUGAAGUCUCUUGGGCGAUUGAAGGAGAGCUAUUCACCAUGACCGUCAAGAUCCCGCUGAACUCGGUCGCGGCGAUCAAACUUCCGGCGAGCACUGAAACUAUUCAUGUUGGCUCUGGAACUCACGCUUUCUCGGCGCCAUAUGAGCAGCCAGAAUGGCCGAUUCUCCCGUUCUACCGGCCGUUCACUCCUCACGAUGAUGACGCAAUCGAAGUAUAGACAUCCCUUAGAAGUUGCGGUACACUUUGUCGACAAUCACUCUGUUCAUAUUGCCUAGCCAUUAGAAAGUUAGGUCACGAAUGGAUGCGAUAUUCGAUUGAGAGCAUUGCUAGUCAUACAGCCUUAUUACGUGGCCUCGUUCAUUCUCUGACAUACUCCGAGUUUCUCCUACAACGAAAAAUGAAUGCUAAGAAUACAUACUCAAAAAAGUCGCAUUAAAUGUAUGGCUCUAUUGAAGAUGCUAUUAUGUAUUUUAUCGAGGUUUUGUCAGAACUCGCAGCCUAGGAUCCCAAUUUUUGCAUCCAGACCGAAGUGUUCGGCCUGACGGUCAUCAAGUCCGUCCUCAAUGGCGUAUUCAAGCUCCUGGAUAAAUCUACG